AGAUGAUUGGAGAGUUCACUUAACCAGAUCCUUGGCAUGCAAGCUGCUUCCUCUUUGCGUUAAAACGCAGUAACCCUUAGUUUGCCUGGGUGAGAAAACUUGUGAAUGCACGGAAGGAACGGGAGCAGCUCUUCCUUUAACAAAAAAAGUCCCGAUUCUUGGAAAAAAUGAGGCUUCUGUCCUCAGCGAUGUGCAAACGUCAGACGAUCGAUCGCAGCAGUUCCGCACUCUGAGCGCGCGUAUUUUCCUCCACAAAAGUAGCGUGGCUUCUUUUUAGCAACGGCGGGAAGUAUGAAAGUUACGAAAUGACCUCAACAGAACAACAAAAUGAUCUUGCUGGAGGCUGCCCCAUUCUUCCAUCUUUAAUGAUUCGUAGUACCAUUGGCAAGUCAGAACAUGCACAGCCCAUGGUGAUAUAAGACCAGAAGAUGGCAGGACUGCCAGAGCCCAGGGAUCUUCCAGGGGAGGGCACUUUGGAGGCUGUUUCCUAUUUGGCUGGCAACCGACUGAACCUAGACGUCUAUCCUGAGAGCUGCUGCUUGUUCCUCAAGCUUCUGGACAGCAGGAGAGAAGAAGUUGAACAGGUGGAGUUCUUGAGGCUGAACUGCAAUGAGGACCUUAUCACUUCCACCUUGAGCAGCCUUCCUGCUUUGAGGGGCUUGAAAUCUCUUGUGCUCAAAGGUGGACAUUCUAGAGAUGACAUUGGUGCAUGUCAGAGAGGAUUGCUAGCAUCUUUGCCACAAGAGUUUGGGCAGCUACAAUGCCUUGCUCAUCUAGAUCUCAGCUUCAACAGCUUCACCGUUUUACCUCCCUCCAUUACUAAGCUGACCAACCUCAGUUUUCUCUCAGUCAACCACAACAACUUGAAGAGGCUGUCUGAGGACUUUGGCCAGCUUGCCAAGCUGACUUUUUUCUCUGCCAUGAAGAACCAGCUCAAAGAUUUGCCACAGAGCAUUGGGGGGCUGGCAGCAUUGCAGACACUGAACCUCUCUGAAAAUGCACUGGAAUCCCUCCCUGAAGAGAUUGGGAACUUGCACAGCUGCACUGAGCUUGACCUCUCUGGAAAUGAAUUAACAGGAAUACCCAGUUCUCUUGCCAAUUUACAGUCUCUGCAGCAGCUGCAUCUUCACAGCAAUCUUUUGACAACUGUUCCUGCCUCCCUUGCCUGCCUACCCCACUUGUCCAGACUUGAUCUGCAGAAUAAUAGGCUUCGAAGCAUCCCUCCAGAGAUCCAGAAUUUUCCUUUUGUGCAUCUCCGAGGCAAUCCUCUAGGAGAACUGGAGGUGCCUCUGCAAUCAGAUGACUCUAGUUCAGAAGAAUUGCAGAGAGUGCAUCUUAAAGCUGAUGAAGACAGCUUUACCGUGACUCCUGAAGGCUGCCACAUUUUCUUGGCUUGUGGCGUUCAACUCCGUUUCCCACGGGGUGCUACAACUAUUCUAGUAACUAUUCACUUCCAGAAAUGCUCCCCUGACCCUCUUUGGGUGAAGCUGAAGCACCAUGACGUCCUGCUAAGUGAAGUCCUGGAACUGCAGCCCCAUGGGAUUCAUUUCCAGCAGGAGGUGCGGAUCUGGAUGCCCUAUGCUUCUCCUCACAGCCUGAAUGACCGUGAGCUCAUAAUUCGAACCUUUGAUGGGCAGAACUGGAGUGAUUUGAGAACAAAAGUGAAAGACAAAGGCAAGAAGCGUUCGGCUUGCUGCAGCAUCUCUCACUUCUCCUGGUUUUUGGUGGUCUCACGCCUUGUGGAGAACAAAUGCAAAGUCUCUCAGGAAGGGGGCUUGCUUUUUUCAACUGUUGAUCCCAACAUUAAAGUGACCUUUCCUCCUGGUGUGACCGAGGAGACGAGGACAGUGAAGCUUCAGGUGCUUCCUGUAUCAACAAAGGAGCUAAGAGAGAUUACUGGUGAUACUGAAACAAUUGCCAGCCCUCUCCUCUGCCUCUCUCAGAGUUCCACUGUGGAUUUUCUUCAGCCUGUUAAAAUUCAGCUUCCGCUGCCUCCUGGUGUCACAGGUCUAACUUUGGAUCGUUCCAGAGUACAUUUGUUGCACAGUGACUGGGCUGCUCAGAACUGGAGUGACAUCACUGAUCAAGUGAUACUGGAGUUCACCCACCUCUAUGCCUUAUUUGAAGUAACGCACUUCUCUUGGUACUGGUUAUGGUGCACCACAAAAGCCUACAUUGGUGGCUUUGCUAAAGAAGUCUAUAAAAGAUUGCGCAUGUACCAGGUGAAUUUCAUAGCACUACAGAGGAAGAAAGAUCCAGAGCAAGUCUUGCUCCAAUGCCUCCCAAAGCACAAGGUGGAUCCUGUUUUGAAAAAGCUCCUUGACCGAUAUCGAGGUCCUGAGCCAUCCGAUAUUGUGGAGCUGUUUGAAGGGGAACAGUUCUUUGCAGCCUUUGAACAAGGCAUCAGCAUUGAUGCAGACCGCCCAGACUGCAUUGAUGGAAGGAUUUCAUUCAACUUUUUUUCUCAUUUGAAAAAUGUGAAGGAAGUCUAUAUUACCUCUGAAGUGGACAGAAACAGCAAGCCUGUGAAAGGGCAGGUUUCCUUUUAUCGAGGAGAAGUACCAGAGAGCAUUCCUGAAGAGAUUACAAGGAGGAGGAAGGGCCCCGACUCUCAUUGGCUGGCUACCUUGCCAAUCAAGCUACCUAAACUGAAAACUCAGGUAAACAAGCAGCCCACAACUCCAAAUGGCUUCUCUCUUCCUCCUUUGAAUUUGGGGAAUGCUGAAACUGGCUACUUGACUCAGUCCAACCUUCUUGGCAUUGCUGGACGCAUAGGAGCUGAAUGGAGAAUCAUUGGUUUAAACCUGGGAUUGUCCUAUCAGCAGCUGCAGCGCAUACAGUAUAACAGCAGGGAAGAUCUCCAUACUCAGAUUCUAGAUAUGCUUUUCUCCUGGGCUCAGCAAAAUGAAAAGAAGCCUGACUGCAUAGACAAGCUGAUUAAGGCCAUGCAAGAUAGUGGCCGCCAAGACAUAGCAGAUGAGAUCACCACCAUCAUUGGAUUGGGAAGGCAAAAAUAUACCGAGUCCAUCCAGAGGGUAGGCCUGGACCGGGAAAGUAGUACAGAAGAUUCUGCUAUUGCUACAGGAUAAUUGCUAGACAAUUAUGGAUUAGUCAACAAAAUAGGAUUAAUCAAAUCCAGGCUAUUUCUUCUUCAAGAUUAUUGUACUGUCCAAUUCUUCUCUUUAGUGUUUUGCUGCCAAUUAGCUAUGCUUAUGUGCCACUGGUGGCUUUUACUAGAUCCUUGUAAGCAGCUACUUGCAAGUUCACCUGGGAUAAGUUAAGAUUCCCAACUACGUUUUACUAAAGUUUUACUUUUUUAGGGCAAAAAUGACUUUAAAAUACAUAAGGCAGACCAGUGCACAAUAUUUCCUAUGGAGUCUAAGACUUUUUUGUUUGUUUGUUUGUUUGUCUGUUCCUUGUGGGUAGAACCUCUGAGUUUUGAAAGUGGGUCAACUGGGCUCUCUUAGGGAUAUACACAUUUUAGAAGCAAACUGCACAUUUUUCAAUUGUUCUUUGAUGUGAUCCUUGGCUUCAGCACUUGGACCCUGCAGGACCUCUUAUUUCGGGAGUUAAGAAAAUACACUGUACUAAAACUUUGGCUCCUUCCUCUCCUAGGUAGACAGCUGUUCUUUUACUGAUAGUGAUAGGGAAUUUCUGUCAUGUUUUAAGUUAUCUCGCAGCAGUCAUGAACUAGGGGCUGUGCUGUUGUGAUUUAACACAGUGGUCUUUCAUAAUUUGUUUCAUCCUUUGGGAGAUUAUCAUCUGUACUAAAACUGAACCAUUCUUCCACAUUUUAUUUUGCACCUAACCUAUUUUUUUGUCAGGUACUUGCAGGAAAAAAGGAAGAGCAUUGAAGAAUAUUAAACUACAAGAAAUGCUUCCAGCCCCACUUUGGUCCUUCUAAAAUUUUCCUUUAAAAAUAAAUAAAUAUAUAAAUAAAUCAAAAUAAAAGCCUAGUAGACCAUAAAUAGACUGCACAACAUCCUCUGACGAAUGCUAGGACCAGAUGUUGUAAAUUACUGUAUCUCUGACUCCACAUAAUAUAUUAAUGUCACAUGAAUGAAUUAUAAUACUUAACCAUUGUUAUUUGUAAAUUGCAAUUUAUGGCUUAGUAUUAUAUAUGAGUCCAAUAAUUUUGGUUUACUCAGUAGGCCAUGGUUAUGACAAUUAUGUCAACCAAGGUAAUAUAUCAGAUCCAGGGCAGAUUAUCCCAGGUGGUUCCAUAACCAUUUAUCUUGGAUAGCUAAGACAUAAUCAUGGCUGUAGUCAAAGUCAUCUGAUUACUAGGACAAUUUUGGUUUAGGUGGGUUUUUUUUUUUUUUAGAUUUUUCCCCAAACAUUUCUGCUUUUGAGUCACUUUAUCCACUUUUAGCUAGGUUGACUAGAGUUGUAGCUAGAGUUUUAUUGCUUAUAAAAUGUUAGGUUGAAUUUAGAAUUGUUUGGUUUUUAAAAUAAUAUUACAACAGAAUAUGUGGUGAAAGUUGAUCUUAAUGUUGAAAACAGCUUUCUAAUCCUUUCUAAUCCUUUUGUGUCACUGCUCAGAAAUGAGAAGGCAGCUGUCAUAUUUCUAUCCUUUCCUUUCUUACCCUUCAGCGUUUGCUUUUUGUUUCUUGCCAUCCUUUUUCCAUCCCUGACCCUCUCAGCUUCAGCUGCCCCUUUAGGAUCAGUCCUCAUAUAAAGUGAACAAUUUUUUAUUGUUUUGUUUAUUUUUUUUUUUAAAAAAAACUGGCCGUCUUAAAACUGUCCAAAGAAACUAGAAAUAGCUUGAUUGUUGUUUCUGUAAGCCAUCAAGCCAGUUCUAAUCAAUGCUCCUUUUUAUAGAAACAGAUGUCUUUGAUAAAUGUAUUUCUACUUUUUAAUCCUCGUGUCCUGUCAGGAGGUUCAGACUGCUGCACCGUUUGGCUAUAAGUGCUUUUUAAGACAAUUGUGAUUUUUUUUUAAAAAAAAAAAAAGUAAAGCUGUUUGAUAUUUUCUUCAGAUGUUGAUAAAAGGAAGUUUUCCCCAUUUGGAAAGCUGUGGUAUUUUACUUGAUGUUCAAGCUGUCCAUUUUUACAAUGGCCCUGUAAGAAUUAAAUAAGCACCAGCCAGAUGGAUUUUUCUUGGUCCUGCUAGCCCUUCAUCUCUGUUCUAACAAGACCUUAAGUGUUGUCUCCCCCCUUAGAAAGAAUUGCCAAGGAGCUAUUAUUCCUGCAUUCUUCAGGUAGUUGGAGAGAUAGGGGUUUACCUUUAAGCAUGAUAAAUGAAAUGUUUCCAUUUUAAUAUGUCUUAUUAUUUAUUCCUUCUGUGGCCCUGCCAAUAAUAAUUUCAGAGAUUUAGUUGUCAAAUGCUCCUCCCCCUUGUUUUGUGUAUGAUUUUUAGCUUGCCUGUAUUAGGAAAAUCUUUGUUUGGUACUCCAGUUUUGGAGAGGUUAAAUAGGGCAUAUUGCCUUUGUUUGUAAUAUGUAGAAUUUUGUUUAUUCUUUUGCAACCUAAUAAUGUAGUUGGCAUAAUAAAAAUGGGUCAAAGUUGGCAUAAUGAAAUGGGUCAAAGUUGUGCAUAUUGCUGUUAACCCCUGACAAAGGAAGGUGGUGGCAGCCAGUACCAGCUGGCAUGCUGAAGGUUGUAAAGUGAUGUGCAAAUUGCUUUCAGAAUAAAAUGUCUCCAUUUUGUAUCACAAUCGUUCUGUGCAAAGAAAUAAAUUCUUCAGUCUUUCUAAUCUAAA